AUGAGCAACAGCAGCGGCGGCGCCAGCGGCCUCCCCCGCUGCCCGCCGACGCCGCCCACGCACCCGCACUGGCUGCAGUACCCCGGGCUGCCGCCCGCCGCCCACUACGCGCUCGGCUCCGUCCUGCUCGCCAUCGGCACCGCCGGAGUCCUCGGCAACGCCCUCGUCCUCUUCGUCUUCACCAGGUUCCGGCGCCUGCGCGGUCCGUUCAGCGCGUUCAUCGUGAACCUGGCGGUGGCCGACCUGUGCACGUCGCUGCUGCACGCCGCGGCUGCCACCUCCUCCUUCAGCGGACACUGGGUCUUCGGCGUCGCAGGCUGCCAGCUGUACGCAUGCGCAGUGGGUCACUUCGGGCUGCUGUCCAUCGUGACGUUGGCCGCCAUAGCCGUGGAGCGCUACAUGGUCAUCACGGCCAAGCCGCUGUCCGCCUCCUGGAAGAUGACGCAGUACACCGCCAGGAAGUUUCGUUCAUUUACUGGACACUUAACAACGCUGCUUUCGUGCGAUCCUCUUGAGCCAGGUGUGAUAGGUGGUCUUGUUUACAAGGUGUGCGCCGCGGCAUGGGUGUACUGCCUGUUCCUGUCGGUGCCACCGCUGCUGGGCUGGAGCCGCUACAUCCCAGAGGGCUUCCUCACCUCCUGCUCCUGGGACUACCUGACGCGCACGCCCGCCAACCGCGCCUACUACAUCUACCUGCUUGCCUUCGGCUUCGUCCUGCCCGUUUCCGUCAUUGCGUACUGCUACACCUUCAUCCUGGCUGCAAUACACGCUCACGGCCGCGAGAUGAAGGGUGUAGAGUCAGCAGGGGGCCGACGCAGCUUCCACCGCGCCUCGACGCACCGUCCCCCCUGCUCGUCCACUGUGCGCUCGCUGGAGAUCAUCGUGACGCUGGUGCUGCUCUUCCUCAUCUCCUGGACGCCCUACACCGUCGUCACGCUCAUCGGCCAGUUCGGGGACGAGUCGUUCAUCACGCCGUGGGUGGCCUCCCUGCCCGCCUUCUUCGCUAAGGCGUCGGUGGUGUACAACCCGAUCGUGUACGGCCUGUCGCACCCGCACUUCCGCGCGUCCAUCAAGCAGUACCUGUCGGGCUACCGGGGGCCGUGCUCCGCCUCCGGGCUGCUGCCCACCGCGCCGCCGCCCACCACGUGGGGCAGCCUGGUGCUGCGCCGGCGGCCGCGCGCCGCCUCCAGCCCGGGCCACGUGCAGCACGUGCGCUGUUUCCUGCCACCGCAGCACCGACACCUUCACCACUACCACAGCGAGCCUCCAGACCCGCCCUCGCUCGACGGCAGCAGGUCACUGAUGUCGAGCAGCCCUCCGAUGGUGCGCGGCCACCGCUCGCUGGGCGCCGCCCCCGCCGCCUCCUGCGUGGUGCUGCAGGGGGAGCGCCGGCGCGUCUGCUGCCUCAGGGAGGCGAUGGCGGCCGCCGCCGCCGUCUGA